UUCUUGGUUCGCUGGUGUCUAACACCAACAAGUAUGGGGCUAAGAAGCAAGCAGGCAAGAAAGAGGCAUGGAAGACCAUUUCCAUCCAAGACCUAUACUGCCUUUCCCCACCACUGUCAUGUCUUCUAACAGGUUUCGGACUAUCUCACGGGCGCUUCAUAUCAGUGACCCACAAGCUGACGACGACAAUGAGAAGAAGAGAGGCACAUCAAGCUUUGAUAUGCUCUGCAAAAUCAAACCUCUCUACUCCAGCAUUGUUGAGGCCUGCAAGACCCAUUUUUAGCCUGCCCAGAACCUGUCCAUAGAUGAGAGGAUGGUAGCCUCAAAGGCUAAACAAAAUAUGCGUAACAAGCCAACAAAAUGGGGCUACAAACUGUUUGUUUUGGCCGAUUCUGUGUGUGCCUACACUUGGAACUUUUUUUGUUUACGAGGGGAAAUCCAUCUCAGCCACCGGUAAUGGAGUUAGUUUUGAUUCUGUUAUGGAAUUAUUGGAUUUUCCACAGCUGGGGAUGGGACAACUUUGUGGACAACUUUUACACAAGCCCUACCCUGUUUACAGACCUGAAGAAUCUGAAUGUAUGGUCUUGUGGCACCAUUCGUCCCAUCAGAGUGGGUUUUCCCAAAAGAAAAGUAAACGACAUGCCUAAGACGGCUGAUAGGGCUACCAUGCGAUGGAUUCAUAAAGAUGACCUGCUCUUUGUAAAAUGGAUGGAUACCAGAAAGGUGGUUAUGUGCUCCAGUAUCCACAAAUCGUACAGUGGCGAUCACGUCAGCAGGCGUGUGUAGGACGCUAAUGGGGCAUGGACCAAGAAAAUUGGCCCCAUUCCAGCUGCUGCAAAGGAUUACAACAAGAGCAUGGGGGUGUGGACCUGUCAGACACGCUGAUAGGCUAAUACAAUGUUCUCCACAAGACAAUGAAAUGGUACAAGACAUUUGUUCUAUCACUUCGUCAACAUUGCUGUGGUGAAUACAAUCAUCCUCCAGAAGGAAAUGGCUAAGAGCUGUGGACAGACCCCCAUGACACAGCUAGCCUUCAGAGAGCUGCUCAUCCAGGAGCUUGCUGACUACGGCACAAAGUCCACUGCAGCACCUUCUGUCCCCUCCACCUCUACUCCUGCCAUCAGUGGUGUUCACCUUCCAAAGUACAUAACUGCAGACCUGAACGUGCCUCAGGGCCAAAAGAGCACAGCAGGGAGGCGUUGUUGUACUCUGUGGCACAAGAUAUCUCCCAUCACCUGCACUACUUGUGCUGUUACCCUCUGCUUCACAGCAGAAAGAGACUACUAUGGGACUUGGCAUCAGCAGCACAAUCUUGUG